CAUGGUCGGUACGUGAAAUUAUGGCGUUUUAAUAGGUCGUAAAAAUGAAGCAAUUAAAGUUAACUGAUACGCCGGGUAUUCCACUCGGACCUCAGUCAUGGCCACUUCGAUUUCGCCAAUUAAAAUACAUGAACAAUGCAAACGAGAGUAAUGAACGGAUGUACGUCUUUCCCAGCAGUGCGCGCGGCGCACAUGUUCCCUUCGUUUCGACGAGCAACGUCUCGAGGAGGCUGCAAGAUGACCACAUUCGCGUAAACUAAUCGAUAAGUGAGCAUUGCCUUUCGAUUCCACUCGCCAGCUUUUCCUUCCCGUUUCGCGACAGAGUCGAACCAACUUUAAGGUUAUAACCUCAACUCGCGAUUUAUCCAACGACCUAACCUAAACUGCAACGUCAACGAUGCGUCCCAGCGGGAUAAGUCUAUCGUUCAUCUCGUUUCCAAUGACUCUAAAAGCCAUGAUAAGCGGACAGCCCCGAAUCCCGAGCGUACAAUGGACGAGUGUUUCGCGAGGAGACUGUCACGGAGGACCAUAAGGGAAGAGGAAUGGACGAGCCGUUAUUUCCGCAAGCUGGCCACUCUGUACAGAAAGUCACCCUGCCUGUGGAAGAAAGACACGCGGAGUUAUCUGAACAAAGAGCACAGGCAUCGAGCCUAUGCUCGGAUUCAUCGAAUCAUGGACCUGCCCGGGGUGACUCUGGUCGAGAUCGUCUUGAAGAUCCGCCAGAUGCGACGGCUGUACGUGAACGAGCUGAAGAGCCUCCUGGCGGCUGAAUCCUGCGGCCGUAGCUACGAGAUCUCGCUACCCUGGUUCUACGAUCUGCAUCGGUUCCUCUACCCGUACCUGGAUUACGACGAGGCGGUCGAGUUGCACAACGUGGACCACGGAGUGGUCGAGCCGGAGGAAGCCGAGAAGUCGCGAUCGUCUCGCUCGAGUUGCAAUUGCGUCCGAUGCCUGAUAUCGAACAGGGACAGCCGCGUGGUGGAUUUCAGCUCGACACGGCGACCACGAGCUAUCCCGAAUUCGACCAGCUCCCCUGCCGUCUCCUUGCCAGAGGUCAAGACUCGCCCUCGAACUUGUCCCCGCUCCUGCAGCAGGAUCUCCGAGGCUAGGAAACAGCUGGACAGAUAUCCUGCCCGCGCUAGGUCCUCUUCCUGCUGCGAGAACGUGAAAUCCCACGAGGACACGAUCGAGGCCAAAUUAACGGAGACGCGACAGGAAAAGUGUCACGAGUUUGCGAUCAGCGGAUUACACAGCACGGCGUCGAGUGACGACACUUGCGAGACCGAAUCGGAUCACUUAGAGGCUUUCUCGGUAUCUCGGACCCGAUGUUUGAAGAAGCUGAGCAGACCUUACGCGAUGAAGGCGCGGGCAGAGAUCGAGCGGAUCUUGAGGAGCACGAGUAUAAAAUCGAAGGUAAUCGGUGAAGACGGAUAAUCGUGGGAACGAGAACGUUUACCCGGUACUGUCCCUUAGAAAA